AGACUCGACAAUAAUAAACCGACGCGAUGCGACAGUCCUGCUUGAUUUUGUUCCUAUUUUUCGGGGUUAAUUUCGGCGCCUGUGACGACCGGGGCGUCGGCGUCGGCGGUAUAGGGGGCGGAUGUGGACACCAUCACGAUCAUAAAUUUUAUUAUUUAUAUCACCUGCAUUAUUUGGCGUUCUUCGUCCUCAAAUUCAAGGCGAUUUUAGUCGUAGGAUCGAUUUGGGCUGCUGUUCUUCUAGUAGGAAAAGUUAUUGCUGCUUUCAAAUUCGCUGAAUCGCUUAAACAUGAAAAACACCACGCGGUUUACUCGUACCCGCACCACCAUUACGAAAAAAGCUUCGAUUCCCCGAUUUACUACUCAUCUCCUUCGAAGGAUUCGUAUUCUUCCGAUCACCCGUCAAAUAGAGUGUACGAAUUUCCAUCGUCCGGUUACAGUACUUAUAAAAAUUCGUACAAAACUCUUCCCACAAAUAUGAAAAGAAGUUCUUCAGAACGAAAAAAGUCCACGCUAGAAAACAUAAAGUUUUUCUUAUCCACUAUUAAAAGGAUGAAUCUUUCCGAGUAUGUGUUCAAAGAGAUGAAUUUGAAGACUAAAUCAUGCAAACGAAAAUUUGUCUGUGAAGCAGAUUUUAAUGUAAGACAAAGCAUUGUCGCAAAAUAUUUAUUCAACUUAUUUAUCGAUGAAGACUACAAAAAAUACCAGCAGAAAGACAAAGUAACGAAGAUUGAAGAUUGCGCCGAAUUAAAUCCAGAUUGUUCAGAUAUCGACAGUGAUUCCAUAGAAAACACAUGAUAA